UGUAAUAUCUAAUUUGUGUCAUAAACAUACAAUGUGUUCAUCGAAUCGGUCUAAAAUAUUUAAUUUAUUUUGUUACUAAUACAAAACGAAAUGUUUGUAAUAAAUUACGCAUAAAUAACAGAAUAUAACAGUGAAUAAUAGAAAAUAAAAUAAUAAGUAACAUAAAAAAUAUUGAAAUAUUAUUUAUUUGGAAUGCAAAAUUUGAUAAUAUUGUUUACUUACAUAUUACAUAUCAAUAAUUAAAAAAAAUCCUAAAUAUGACUAUUUUUAAAGUAACAAGUAUGUUUUCUGUAAUAAUAAGUAUGAAUUUAAUGAUAUUAUCUUGUAAUGGCGAUCAGUUUGUGGUUGAUAAUAUUACGAGUACUAAUAAUCCAGAAUCAACAACAAUCAACUUUAAUGAAAAUCUUGAGAAAGAAUAUACUGAGACGACAACACCAGUCUUAGAAUUGGAUAAUUUCCCAAAAGACUGUUCUCAAAGACAAAAACGCAAGAACAUUUAUCGACAUAAAAAUUCGCGCUUAAAGAAAUGUUGCCCCAUUGGCGAAAGCUUAAGCAUGAGUGAAGAGAAUCAAAGCGGUGCAAUGUGUGGAUCGGCAAACCUACAAUUUACACCAAAUCUCAUUAACGUAACACUGUUCGACAAUUGCAUUGAAGAUAUGGAGACCGAGUAUACACUGCCCUUAGAAAUUGGAAAUCCUUGUAAUACAUCAAUCUUAUAUAACGAUGUAGAUGAUUUGUUUUUUGUAAUUCAGGAUGGCUCGUUACUCGUAAUGGAUUUAUAUGCAAACGAUUCAUAUGAACUGUAUAAUAAUUAUUGCAUAGAUAUAAAUAAUAUAUCCGGCAUAACAUUCGCUAUUGUUUGCAUUACUUCGGUGGCAGAGCAUAUAAGUCGCAGUCAGAUUGUCGUCGUUGCCAUUCUAAUGCUAUUAUCUAUACCUUGUCUUUUAUUAGUUGCUUACCUACAUCUGCGAAUAAAGGAACUAAGAUCUUUACAUGGAAUAAUUCUGAGCUGUAUGUCAUCUUCUUUAGCAACAGGUUACUUUCUGUACUUCCUAGUACAUAUAUUUAAUUUGGAUGAACGUAAUGUAGGAUAUGUCGUGCAAUUCUUUUUAUUAUCCUAUUACUUUUGGUUUUUCUCGUUGUGCUGUAAUGUUUCAUUAAAUAUAUGGAUUCAUAUUCCAUUAAAUAAGAAGAAAUCAAAAUUCACAACAAGUCUAUACUUUGGUUUUUAUUGUAUGAUGUCAUUGAUUGGAGCUGUUAUUCUGGUUAUUUUAACCAUUCAAAAGGGUCUUCCAGGAAUGCCCUCGUACUUUAUACAGGGUUAUACAGAAUCAAUCCGGGAAUCACAGCGAUAUUUCAUACCACCAGUAUCUACCUUGCUUCUAUUUAGCUUCAUAGUAAUGACAUCUGCUUUCUUUGGAUUUCAAAAAUUAAAAUCGCAAGGAGUUAUUGUAAAUUCAAACGACGAGGAAAUCAACAGUCCAUCAUACGAUGAAAACAUUUUUGAAGAAGUUAAAAAAGACGCAAAAUGUAUUAGUUUGCUAGGAAUAAUACUUAUAUCCACAUGGCUGUUGGAAAUAGUUACAUUCUACUCGCCAGGGCCACAGAUUUACCUUAUAUUAAUGGAUAUGAUAAAUGGCCUUCAAGGAGUAUUCGUGUUGCUUAUUUUCCUAGUUAUACGAAGGAGACGUACAAUAAUUUUCAGAUGGUGGAACGACAGGGGGUCGCAUACUAUUGAAAAAAUAGAAUUAAAUUCAAUUUAGAUGCGUAUUUUUCGUAUAUUCGUUAAUUUAUAUCAACGGUGGCCAGAAAGAGAAUGUUUAAAACGCAUAUGUUGUAGUGUAAAAUAUAAAAGAGAACGUAAAUGAAAAUAUGUGUGCUUCGCACUGAAAAAAAAAA